AUGGACUCAACCACUCAACCCAUUCUCGCGGUCUUCAUGGCUCUCCGCGACAACUCAAGCCGGCGAGCAGCGCUCAAUGAAAUCCUUGAUAACCUAAGGCCUCAUGAGAUGCGAGAAGUGAAAAGCCGAUUCGAAACGAUGACAUUCCAAUGUGAUUUACUCGGCAAACUGCCCCUUGAACUGGUGGCUAUGUUAGUAAAGUACUUGAACCUAGCCGACCUUGUUUUCCUUCGAAGGGUCUCCAAACGAUGGCAUGUAUUGCUCUCUUCACCUAUCGUCGUUACUGCUGCAAUCAGAUAUCACAUGGGGAAAAGUGUCAUCAAGCCCAAUUUUACCCCGGCUGAUUUGAAUGCGCUGAUUAAAAAACGAAUUCGAGUGGAAAGGGGCUUGCCUGCUGUCGUGGUUAAAGUCCCUUAUGACUCGUCUCCCAAUAUAGACGACGCAGUAAACAGAGACGCCAUGAGCUGUUUCAACGGAGUAUGCGCGUGGAUUGAAAAAUCCACAGAUCGGACUACUAUCUUCGUGGUGAACCUACCAACCGGCGAAAACAGAACCCUCACAACGGCAAAUCGAGAAGAAUUUACUCAUGUCCAGGUCUCGGACAUUUUGAUCUCAGCGACUUCUGUUCGGGGGUAUUGUCAUGUCUGGAACAUGCGUAACCAACAGUACAAGUUCUUUCGCAUCCCUUCGUUGCGAUUUGGGCAUUACAUAUCUAUCGGAUCAAAAGUAAUGUUGAGCUACGCGGAUUCCGUAGUCCACUUCUGCUUCGACUCUGGAGUCGCCCGUUCUGUCCAAAUCGGGCCGCUCAUUCUUUUGCUAUCAUUAGAUCCAGAGGAGGAUGGAUUCUCCGUCGUUUGCGUCCGCAGAAAAGAUGGCAACAAUAUUCAAAUAUGGGAAUAUGCUGGCUUGUUCUGGGAGGCGCAUCAUUUGCAAACCCAGAAGUUCUCUGUCCAUGAUCAUACGUUUAUUUGUAUCUGGGAGCAUUAUCAAGAGCUUCCUUUCAGACAUGACGAAUUAUGGGGGUCUAAAUACACACCAGGAGACACCAUAACAAAAUACAGAGCGUGUCUGCGCCCCGGUCAAAGCUCUACUUUGCUGGGAAAUUGUACGACUGAAGCUUACAGGAGAACUCUUUAUCCUACAGAUGAUCCCCCUCUACGAGACGAGGUUGAGUCUGGUUCACUUUCUCUUUCACUCGAGGCAGAUGAUCGGAUUACCGUGCAUUUCCAUGCCCCCGGGCCGAACUCCAAGAGUCCUCACGUCAACCUAGACUAUUCAACCCAGGGUCGUGGCCUGAUUUAUUGUUUUGAGAACUCCCACCUCUCAGGGACGACAAUAUUGCGCAUUGGCUUUGAAUUCCCAGAUCCUUCACAUGUCCGCGAUGCGAAAGCGUGUCGAUUCGAAUCCUCACACAGAGUGGUUUUUCCACAUGAGCGGUUUUGCACCUCGGCUUUUGGGGACGGGGACUUUAUUAUAUUCCCCGCGGAUGGGAAAAUCUGGAUCUGGUGCUUUGAUGAGACAUGGCACCCCUCCGGUCUCCCUAAUAUGAGAAUUGCAACUUGGUGA